AUGAAGCGACGGUUUGAACUCCCAAGUCCCUCAUUUGGGGGUUCACGUGACACAUCGCGGAUUUCUCAUCGGCGAAAAAAAUCACCGCAUUUCAAAGCUUCGAGGAAUCGGCUUGACUCGCAACCCAAUUUCAUAAUGGCGACCUCGAUCGCGGGUGCACCGCUUUUUUCAGCUGCUCGAGCGCGCACAGCUGUCCUUUCACCGUCAUCGACAAUCGCUUUGUCGCAAUGUCGACAAUUCUCGCUCUCCGCCCAAUACAGUGCUCUGCAGAAAGGGAUGCCUCAGACGCUGUCAGUAAAACAGCCCUCGCAGCCCAGUAUGAAGUCUAGGGGCCAAAAUAUGUCACGAUCGGAGCUGCCACAAGAUAUUGGACUAUUACCGGGGACCUAUAUUCGGCCAUUGUGGAGGGAUAUGCCGUCCAUCUUUCAACAGCCAAGGGAACGACUACACUUUGAAUGGCUGUGGGUAAAAUCAUGGUUCCAGAAUUUCUUGGGGCUCUUCGUAUAUAGUAAAACAGGUGGCAAAGGACUUCCUUUACGGUUGAAGGAACGGCGACAGAUAGCGCGCGAAUUCCACCAACGGAUGUACUCUGCAUUUGCCGAUGGAGAUGCUACGACACUACGCAAGAUCUGUUGCACUGGCCUCGCAAACAACCUUAUCGGCCGCAUCGCAGCCCGCCCCAAGGGCGAGAUAGUCACCUGGUCCCUGGACAAAUACAUUCGAUCUCCUUCCACCUUCUUCACAGGAAUCCGUGUCGUGUCAGAUCGCGCUACUCAAAUUCCCGAGUUGGCCGAUUCUGGCGUGCGCCAGGUUGUCCUCCGUAUCACGAGUCGCCAGUCAACAGGCAAGGCGCAGCGACAGAUAUCAGGAGAUUAUGUUCCUGCAGAUGUCAAGCAGCGGGACUGCACCGAAUACAUCGUUCUCCAGAAACUUCGGUGGAUUGGUGAGGAGGAGGGCUGGCGUGUCUGGGGUCACGCCACACCCACAACCAUUGACGACCUAAGCAGUCCGCUCUUUGCUCAAGGACUCACGUUUGCAGAACGUCUCGACGCGAUGAAGGAAACUAUGGGAGCGAAGAAAUAG